UGGAUUUUUUUUUUUGACAAUUAAAUUGAGCUUUUGUUCGGGUGUAGGUUUUUCUUUUUUACUUUAUAUUUGCUUUUUUUGAGACUAAUAAAAAUCAAGCUCCACUAUCUUUUUUGGGACAAUAAAAGCUAUUUUCUUUCUCUUUUAUUCGUUCUCCGUGAUAUUCAUGAUGGAGGGUGCAACUACCAUAAUAUGUGGAUGAUCAAUCCCUUUUGGAAGCUGAAGUUUAAUUUGUUGUUGGAACCCAAAACUCAAAAGGCUGCACUUUUGCUUUUGUCAAUCUUUUUUCUUUGUGUUAUGGCCGAUAAAGGGGUGGAAAAAGGUUUUAUUUGUUAUUAUUAUUUUUAUUCCUGUUUUUCAGUAGAAUUUAGCAGGUGCAGGGUUUCCAGGAUAUUGGUUUGGUGAAGCCCAUGGAAGAGAUGGUUUCUAAUACAUGCACAAGGCCAAUGUUAGAGCGAAAGACAAGGCCACCAGAGCAAUUGAAUUGCCCAAGAUGUAACUCUACCAACACCAAGUUCUGUUACUACAACAACUACAGCCUCACUCAGCCAAGGUACUUCUGCAAGACUUGCAGAAGGUACUGGACUGAAGGUGGGUCGCUCAGGAAUGUUCCUGUCGGAGGUGGUUCGAGAAAGAACAAAAGAUCGACGAUAUCAAGCUCGUCAGCUUCUUCGGCUUCAGCCAAAGUCCCAGAUCUAAACCCAACAAAUCUCUCGCAGUUUUCUUCUCAAAACCCUAAGGCCCAUAAAGGCCAAGAUCUUAACCUGGCUUUCCCAGCUAUGCAAGAGAGUCAUGGUAUAUCUCAAUAUUUACAAUUGCCUAAAAUGGAGAACAACAACGAGCAGCAAAACUACCCCUCUUCCUGCAGUACUUCAUCCCCUCUUUCAGCUUUGGAACUGCUCAGGAGUGGAAUGGCAUCGAGGGGAUUGAAUUCUUUCAUUCCAGCACCGACACCAGACUCAAAUACACUGUACUCAACUGGGUUCUCUAUGCAAGACUACAAACCAACCCUUAGUUUUUCAAUUGAUACACUGGGAAACAGGGCUGGUAUCCAUGGUGUUCAAGAGAAUGGAGGAAGGCUUUUCUUCCCUUUUGGAGAAAUGAAACCAAUUUCAAGCACUAAUGAAGUUGAUCAAAAUAAGGGACAAGGCAAUUCAGCUGGAUAUUGGAAUAAUGGAGUGUUUGGUGGAGGAUCAUGGUAAAGAAAGAAGAAGGACACGGAGAUCAUCAUGCAACUGCUUUUUCCUUUUUGUUUAUUUAUUCACAUGGUUGAUUACUUGUUUAAAGUUGUCUAGAACUAACAGAUAGGAUACAUAAUGGUUUUCUUCGCUUUUAUCUCCUUCUCUGAACAAUGUAAACAGAUUGGAGCCAUCUUGGGUUUGGUUUCAAGAGGCUGUCUAAUACAUUUGCGUGUGGAUAGAAGAAAAAAGUGAAUGGAAGGCUGUGAUUUUGUCAGAGCAAA